UUCAUUUCGUCUUCGUCUUCGUCGUUUGGUUUCGUUUUCGUUGUUUUGUAGUGUCGCGAGUCGUGUUUGACACGAUCACACCUUGUGAAAAGUUUUACGCAGACUCAGGAAAGUUUGAAAAUUUUGUUAAGUGUUAAAGUCAUGUAAGGAUGUAUGGAAUUUAAGUUUUUACUGUGUGAAGUGCCUUAAUUAACUGAAAGUAUAAGUAGUGUGUUGUUACUCAAUGUGUAUAAUUUGUUAGUGCAGUUGUGCCCUCACAACAGGUGGUACAGAUGCACGGGGGAAGUCUAAAUGAACGCAGGGCCCUCGAGAGGGAGGCCCUGCGACAUGUCGUUAAUCAGUGGAAUGCUAACAGAUUGGACCUUUUCGAACUCUCCGAACCAAAUGAGGACCUGGAAUUCCAUGGAGUGAUGCGAUUCUACUUCCAAGACUCCGGUCAGAAAGUCGCCACAAAAUGCAUAAGGGUAGCUUCGGAUGCCACCGUAGAAGACGUCAUCGGUACUCUAGUUGAAAAAUUCCGACCGGAUAUGAGAAUGCUGUCGGUACCUUCGUACGCGCUCUACGAAUUACAUGAGGGUUGCCAGGAGAGAAAAAUGCCUCCCGAUGAAAAGCCUCUCUUGGUCCAGCUCAAAUGGCACGUAGAUGAUAGAGAAGGAAGAUUUUUGUUAAAGAAUGUUGACGAUAAGACGACCGGUACGAUGGGAUCACUGGACACGAACGCAAGUUUCCGACGAAAGUUAUCGAAACGAGAAAAAAAGCAGCUUAAGAAACAAGAAAAACUAACGAAAAUGAAACUAGAGAAUGGCGACUCGCAUGACCAAGAUGGAGUUGCCGAAAAACUUUAUACUGAGUUACCUGAAACUUCAUUUACUAGAUCAAUAUCAAAUCCCGAGGCAGUUAUGAGGAGGCGAAGGCAGCUACAAUUAGAGAAAAAACUACAGCAGUUUAGAUCAAAAGAUGGUGGACCCGAUACCGGUGGCACACUAAAAAUUUACGGCGAGGCGUUGUGCAAGGAUGUACCGUAUAAGACUCUUUUGUUAUCGGUUCGCGAUUGUGCAGGAACUGUAGUGCGCGAAAUGCUGGAUAAAUACGGCCUCAUUAAAACUGAUCCGUCCCAAUGGUGCCUUGUCCAAGUGACCCAACAGCCCGGAUGUCCGGAUAGCGAAUAUAUUUUGGACGACGACGAAUGUCCGCUGAACAUUCUGAUGACCUCUUCAAAUACUGGCUCCAUAAUGUUCCAUGUGAGACGAAGGCCGGCGGACUGCGCUCCAAGGAAGAGGAAAAAGAAACCGGGAGCUCUUGGGCAAGCCACAAGCACCCGAGAUGUUCGAGGAGAUACUACCCCCGUAUUGGUCGAGUUGGGACCCGAUGGUUCGGCUCCACGUCCAUGUGAUACAGCUAGGAACAUUAGGUUGACUAACGAUGUUAUGGAAGUCGGUUCUGCUAACGGUAUCGGUCUCCAACUCUACGGGCCCCAUAUUCAACCACGGCACUGUGUGAUCACAAUAAAUGCAGCUGACGGUCUAACAUCACUGACACCCUGCCAUGCCGACGCCCACACCUACGUCAAUGGACAACGCAUCCACCAAACAACCAUUUUACAGCAAGGCAGCUUCGUGAAGUUUGGUCACAGCAACACCUAUAGAUUCCUAGAUCCUGCUUGGGAAGAUAGGAUAAAACCAACUUUCGGCAGCUCUGGUGGAUUGGAUACAGUGGGAGGCAGGAUGUAUGAAAGUCGCUCUCCACGUGCUUUGAGUCCGACAGAUCAGUCUAGGGAAAACAUAGAAACUACUUUCGAUUUGGAUGGUAAUGUGGAGACAAUUUCUACUGCCAGUGGGGCCAGAGAGGACAACAGAUCGUUAGGGUCGUCCUCUGAAAAUAGGUUAAGCGGCCUUGACAGGUAUCCCCGUGGUCAAGAUCCGAUCCUACCGGCAGUACUAGAGUUUCCCGAAGAACCACAGGAACAAUUCUUAGCCAGAGUUGUCACCCAUUUAGACGUAACAACACCAUCAUUCCGACUAGCACCUGCCUACACGCUCUACUUGUGCGCGAGGUACAGAGCAUCAACGCACUAUCGACCCGAACUGACACCAACAGAACGAGCUCACAAAUUAACUUUGUUGUUGCAGCAUGCAGCCCUACUAAUACGGCAUACAGUACAGGACCGCAGUACAGAAAGCACAUCUCAAGCCUUCUGGUUAGCUAAUGCGAGCGAAUUGCUACAUUUCUUGAAAUCCGACCGACACGUUAGCGCUUUCUCCGUACAAGCGCAGGACACUCUUGCCGAUGCUGUCCAACUUGCCUUUAAGAACCUUGUUGCCUGUUUGACAGACGAACUGAAUUCAGCGUUGACUUACUUGAUGUCAGUAACAGGAGAUGACCAUCCCAGAGAGGUUAUCAACGUCCUAAGCGGUGCUAUGAAUCUGUUAAGGAAAUGUAGAGUCAACGCUGCGUUGACGAUACAAUUGUUUUCCCAGUUAUUUCAUUGGGUGUCGGCAAAGGCUUUAUCUAACGUCAUCAGCAACGCCAAUCUCUGCACUCGAAGUUUUGGGCAAAAGUUAUUCAACAGGUUGAGAAAUCUUCAAGCGUGGACAGAGUCCCAAGGACUGGAAUUGGCGGCCGAAUGUCAUCUUGCAAAAAUAGUACAAUGUGCCCAUCUACUCCAAGCGCCAAAGUACGCCCCGGAAGAUCUAGCCAAUCUUUCGGCGGUGUGUUUUAAAUUGAAUUCCAUGCAGUUGGGAGCUCUCCUAAUGCAGUACAAAGCGGAACCUGGAGAAAAAAUCGCAUCUCCCUCUCUUCUGGAACAAGCUGCCAAGGCAGCGGAAAGCGUGGCAGACGAAUUGGCUAGAGCAGAAGGACGGGAGGUGACGCUGUACGAAGAUCCUGCGCCAACACUGCAAUUACUGCUUCCUGAUGACGGUUUUAGUUGUGAUGUUGUUCAAGGUGUGCCGCCUGGCUUGGCUGAUUUCUUACAUCCCCUUCAAGCUUCGGGACUGUGCAGGCUGGCAGCCCAGCCAACUAGCUCGGGCCAUUGGACUGUUUAUAUGACAGCGCCAAGACCCCCGAGUGCCUUAAGUACGACUCAGCCAGAGGUUCAAGUCAUCAGGCUACACAAAGCUGGAGGCGGUAUGGGCUUGUCGAUAGUGGCGGCGAAAGGAGCAGGCCAAGAACGACUAGGAAUUUACAUCAAGUCGGUGGUACCUGGCGGUGCUGCUGAUAGAGACGGGCGUUUAGCUGCGGGCGAUCAAUUGCUCUCGGUUGACGGACAGUCUUUGCUUGGAAUUACACAGGAAAAAGCCGCUGAGUUUCUUCAGAGGACUACUAGCAUUGUCACAUUGGAGGUGGCAAAGGCCGGAGCGGUUUAUCAUGGUCUAGCUACGUUGUUACAACAACCCAGCCCAACACCACAUCGAGGUCCAAGACGGAUGUCGGAGCGCGACCUGCCAUCUAGGGUAGAUUCUGAACGUUCGAUCCCCUCUUCCAAAUCUGUUCCCGCCCUUCACCAAAUCCAUUCCCCCCUCGUUAAUGAACAACAACCUUUAAGGCCAAAUCAGGCUUCAGCUUCAGAUGUAUACAGUCGAACUUCCUCAAACAACAGCAUUAACAAUAAUCAAAAUGGGCAAGUACUAAUGAACGGAGGAUCAGUAGCUGCCAAUACGGCCUUGCGGAGUAGAUCCACGCACAAUUUGCAUCAACAGGACGGAGGGUUUUAUCAGAACUUAAGCGUUUACAGGAAUAAAAUUCCCAGUCCUCAACAAUUGGGAGAUAGAACUUCAGCUCUUCGCAGCUCACAGAACUCACUUCACUCAUCCAUCGCCAACUCCCAGCGCCCUUCUUCGGCAUAUUAUCCUCCAGCCUCUUCAAUAACUUCCCGACCUAACAACCUCCAUCAGUCUAUACCCAAUCUCAAAAACCCACCUAAUAUGUACAGACUUCAAAAUGACGAAGCUUCCAGAACAGGAUCGUUCCCAAAUGUCCAGUACAGUCCAAACUACUUCCCUGCAUAUUCAAAAAAUAGUUAUCCUAGCCCCGAAGAGACUAAGGUGCCUUAUAACAACACUUACAUGGGGCAAAAUCAGUCGUAUCCGAGUCCCACAAACAGUUCUACACAAGGAUAUCCGAACAGCGUUCAACAACCCCUGCAUAUUAACCAUAACUUACGACAAGAAGAAAGAAAUCAAGAUGUAAGAUACAACAAUGGAGGUUUAUUGCUACGAGAAGAUGUUUUUAGACAGUCGCAAAAUAGACACGAGGAAAUGAUGAGGUACCCAAGUCAAGGUAACAUUCGAAUAUCGGAAGCGCAAAUUCAAAAUAGCGACUUAUCCCGUUAUAACGAAAUGCGUAGCUCUAAAAGCGAAGAUCUACUCAAGCAACACGCACAACAGUCAGAGCUAACCAGGUAUGCUAGUAGUGGCAAUAUUCGAGAAAACAAACAAACGGAUCUCCCUAAUUUACGACAAAACCAAGAACAACUAUCUCAACAGAGACUCAGCAGUGAAGACAGAAACGCUCGGGGCGCUGCUAAACUAGCGGAAAUGUCAGAGGAAGUCAGAAGGCGACAGAACCCUCAACGUGUGCAGUAUCCUCAACAGUCGUCUCAACAAACCACCUAUUACCAACAGCAGCAAUUGCAGCAACAGCAGCUACAACAGCAACAACAGCUACAGCAGCAGCAGCUACAGCAGCAACAACAGCAGCAGCAACAACAGCAGCAGCAACAAAAUCAACAGCAUUAUUACAACCAUCAUGCGAUGGCUCAGACUACACAGAGUAUGCAGAAUUUGAGUAUCAGUUCUCAGUAUGGGCACCAGCCUUAUGGUCAAACGAAUCCUUUGUCGCCUAGUUACAACAAAAUUCCGCCUGUAGCACCUAAACCCUUAAGAAAGGAUGAAGUUCCACCUGAUCUACCUCCAUCUUCUACUCACCCUCUCUACUUAGCGAGUAGUCAAGACCCACCAAAAAUGGCAUUUUAUCCUACCUCUGGACCUUCUUCUUCAAAACCGCCAAGAGACCCUUGGGCAAGAGAGGAACAAGAGAGGCAACAGGAAGCGAGAAGGGAGGCGGCCAGGCAAUGGCAGGAGCAACAGAUUAGAGACCUAGUGGCGCUACCUUACCGGACAGCACAGCAAGAAGAACAACUAAGAGUACUUCAGUUGGAAAGAGAGUUCCAAAGAAGGGCUAUGGAAGCAGCAGAGGAAGGAGAUGAGGAUACCGAAAAGGAGAGUCCAACUCCUCAAGGCUCCCCUCAGCUUAUGCCUCCACAACCCAUAAGCAACUUAACCACAACGCCAACAUCAAUUCCAAGCAAAUCAGAACCGCAACAAAUUCCUCCAGCGUCUAUUUUAAAACCAAAUUCCAAUAACAAUGUUCAACAGGCUUCCCCACCGGAAGCGACAGUUGCUCCCCCACCGCCAGAGAGAGGAUCGAGUUUUACGAUAAUGUCGAUGAGGGCAAAGGAAACUACCAAGAGGGUAUCGUUCAAUGAUGCAUCAGCCGCUGCAGCAGCUGCUUCAGUAACGCCGGUUCAACCACCCAAUACGUUGCAGAUAGAAGAAACUAUUAGAGAAGAUCCCAAUAGCUUUAUUCGUCAAGCCGAAUCGAUGUUGGCAUCUCCUACAACGCCAACGGACGCUUCACCAGGAAUGUCUAAUGCGACCCCGGGAGUUAUCGGCGCCCAAGAGGUCUACCGAGAUCCCAGAGCGCGAAGAUUAGCGGAGCAGGCCCAAAGAAAGGACCAAAAUCUUAACACAGCAGUGCCAGAGAAACUUUCGUUCAAAGAGAAAAUGAAAAUGUUUGCCAUGGAGACAGGUGAACAAGAAACACCUAAGGAUAAGAGUAAAAUCAGUAGAGCGCAGAGAGAUAUUGACGGUUUGGGUUCUCCCAGUUUGGUUCAUUAGACGUUGUUUGAUUGGUAAUAUUUAAAAGGGUUUUACCGUUUGAGUUGAGGCCUUUCACAUAUAAUGAUGAUCUUAUGUAAAUAGAAUGGGAUAGAGUAUUAAAAGUAAAGUGCUGGAAACAAAGUUGAUUAAAUUUUAUUGUCGUAUUAUUAUUAUUAUUAUUAUUUUUUUUUUGGUCUUCAUCACGUGUGGUAAGCUUUUGGUCAACGCAAUAAUAUCGGUCGAUAUACAAGAAUUUCUGUAUAAAUGAAUAACUAUAUUGACUAAUAGCAUGCCAAAUAACUUAAAAUGAAUUUCAAUGGCAAUUAUCGAAGAUUUUAAUUAUUAACUGCUUAGUUAUGUAUAAUGCACUAUUUGUUGAGGGAUUCGGUCCUUCUUAUGAUGUAAUUGUGAUUGAAUCGAUUAUGGGACAACCUAAAAAUAAUUAGGCAAUGAUAUAGAAUUAUUUAUUUUUAACUAUUAAUUUCCAGUUGCGACAAAUGUUCUUAAAGGUUGCGAAGAAUUCUCGGGGAUGGUCGAAUUUUAUGCCAUAGUAUUAGAUAUUUUUACUGUUUGGGCGUAAAAGUCUGAUUUGAUCGUCUGUUUCUUUAUCACUCAUGGUUUCUCGGACCCCAGAGAAUAAUUUUUAAGUAAAAGUAUUUUUAAUAGGGCUCAUUAAUUUGUGGCACUAAGUUAAAUGUUAUGUUUACAUGGGAUUCGCCAAAGUUGGGUUUUAUUGACAAUUAUAUAUUUUACCCAAAUAACUCAUUGUUUCGAACACUCCCAAACAUAGAAUCAUGUAACACAUAGAAUUAUUGCACAAAUACACAUAAUAAUCAGAAUUUGAAGUAUCAGGGCAGAAAAAUAUCCACCCUCAUAUUUUUCCAGCCAAAGCUGGCUGUUGCUUACAACCAUCAUAGGUAAAGUACAUUCAAACAUCAAUAUUUGUUGACUCAUAACAUAACCUCAAUAACAACAAUUCGAGUGGGAAUCGAAACGUCACGUAUUUUUCAGGUAAAAUAUGUAAUUGUCUAAUAUGGCUAAUAUGUAAUAUGGCUAAUCACAUAUAAAUAUAACAUUGAAAAUAUUUUGCCACGUUUUUUAAGUACACCCAGGUCUACAUUCAAUCAACUACUUCUUCUUAACUUCCAUUUAUACUAGCCGAUUAACUUUUAAUCGAUUAUAUGCUACCAUUUUCAUUUGCUAUUCUUAGUUCAACAUUUUCUACUAUAGUUUUUUCUUUUUUGGUUGUAUCCUAUAUGUCGUGUUUAGUCCACAGGAAAAUAAGUAAGUAGUCCACAAUUUCUUUCCCGAUUAUUUUUACCUCGUUUAUUUUGAUAUUGUAUGUAGUAUUUUCGUUUCUAUUUUUCCAUUCUAGGUUCAUAUAUUAAUUUAAAUGAAUUCAAUGCUUUAGUUUGCAUCAUUUUUCAUGUUUUUAGCUCAGAAAAUAUGUUUCUAAAAUCAAGAAGUUUAGUAACACUCUAGUAUGCCAAUUUUUUUAUUUUCUAGAUAAUUAUCCUAGUUAAUUAUCCAUCUAGUUAAUCUUUAAUUUUCUAUAACGUUCGUUACUUAUAUUAUUACAAAAUCAAUGGGAAAAUCCCAGUAGCUGGCUGUAUACCAUACUUAAAAAACUAAUACAGAAGUAAAAAACUUCGAUUUGUAUAUUGGUAUAAAAUGUUUAUUAAAAAACGUUUUAAAAUGUCAUCCAAAUGGAUUGCAAAACGUUUUCGAUCUGAUUCAGAUCAUCUUCAACGCAUACUGCUAAGUAGAUGAAACUAGCACACUAUUAAAAGUGGUAACAUCGAAGUAUAUGGUUUACAUAAUAUGAUUGUAUGAAAUUCUGUAAUUCAUAUUAUGGUUUACAUAAUAUGAUUGUAUGAAAUUCUGAAUGAAUAUUCUGUUCCAUGUUCUGUCCCAGGGAACCACGUUGCCCUUUGAGUAUUAAUAGUAUAUAAUCCAUUAACAUCGACUUGGAGUCGCUAUAUUUCAUACAAUCAUAUUAUUUAAACCAUAUACUUCGAUGUUAUCACUUUUUUACUUCUGUAUUAGUUACAGUCGAAAAAAUGAAAGAAUACCCAUGAACGAUCACACCAAUCACAUAUUUUGUAUUUGCUGUUUUUUUUCCAUAAAUAAUAAACGAGAGAGAUAGAUUAUUAUUAAUAAUCUGAAUAAUAUGUGAUUGAUGUGAUCGGGUAUUCUUUCAUUUCUCCGACUGUACAUAUAUUAUUAUUUACAGUUCAUAAGUUUGUGGUUAAUAUCUCUAUCGAACCGUUAUAUUUGCAUGAUCGUUACAUAUCCCUCUGCCUUUCUUGGAAUUAGGAGAAAGAAUUAUAUGACUAGAUGUUUGAAGUUUUAUAAAUACAAAAUAUAUAUUAUAAAUUAAAUUACAUUGUAAGUAAUUUUUAAUAUGCAUAUCUACCUGUUAGCAUACUCUGUACCGUCCAAUAUGCAGCUAUAGCUAAUAUACAACGACCAAAACCUUAUAUUAUACAGGAUGUUCAAUUAUUGCACUUUAUGAAAAAUAAAUCGCUUGGUGUAACAUCUGUAAAAAAUUGGGGAAUAUUUUUUUUGCAUUACAUAUAUGUAGCAAUAUUAAUCUGUGACAGCAUUCAACAUUAGUUUUAGAUAUUUUUUAAGAGACAAUUCAUAAAAUGAUUCUUGACGAAUAUUAUUUUUUUAAUGAUGCAGCUCAUGAUUUUCCAACGUUUCUUUUUGCUUGUCUAUUUUUUAUGGUUAUUAUAGAAUUAGUAGAUGCAAAGUCUAAUAAUUUUGACAUUUACUAACUUUUGAAUAGACGAAAUUUUGUAAACCAGUAACACAUUGCAUUACACUAUUGUUUCUGUAACUUCAAAUUGCAAAAUUUACACGGUCAAAGCGGUUAUUUUUUAUUAUUUCGAACAUUUUGUAUUUUUAUUAAAAAUAUUAAUGAGUAUCUACAUAUUUAAUGAUAAAAGUAGACUUGCCACAAAAAAAUUUAAAAUGAAUUAGCAUUUUAUGAAAUUGAAGCAGUCUAACUUGCCAUUGAUUACAUUAGUGGCUAUGAAGUAAUUAUUGUGAAUGAAAUCCCUACACUGUUUCUGUAUUAGAAAUUUUUAAUUAUAUAUUGUAAUAUAUAUCAUAGAAUCCCUAUUUUUUGUCAAUUUAUAUAUAAAAAUAUUCCUUGUAGAAUUUAGAGAAUUGCGAAUAUUUAAAAAAUUUUCGGAGCAAUAUUACAUAAGUAUAAAGAUAAUAGCACAUACGGACCAAACAAUAUAUUGUAAUAUAUUUUUCCAAUUUUACUGGGACGUAUUUGAGUGCAAAACGUUUUAAGACUUAUUUUUCACCAACAGCAUUACGCGUCGUGCUUUUCGAAAUUGUUUAUACUAAAAUUUCCCUCUAAUCUGUCGGUUCGUAUUUUUUAACAUGCUUCUUAUUCCUAAGGUCUUUCUAAGAUUUUUCGACUGUCUUAAAAUGUUUUCAGAUAUACAAAUAUGCAGCUCGGUUGGUAUAUGAGACACGCAUUCCAUGGAUCCAAUUUUAAAAAUAUUGUAUAGAUUUUAGUCAUGAUCAAAUAUUAUAUUAUGAAAUGGGCAUGCUGAACUCUACAAUUUUAUUUGUUAUGGUAUGUUUUAACAUUAUUUAAGUUACUUAUGGAUUAAGUUUGCCCACUGAAUAUAUUUUUGACAAAAUUGAAGUAUCAGUAUAGAUGAGAACCUAUUAGGCCUGGAUCCCGCGUACCAAAAGAAAGUUGAUUAAUAGCAAGCUGAAAAUUUGUUAAUAGCUUAACGGUGUCUAGUCAAACAAACUUUGAUGUACGGGAACACUGGAAGAGGGGAAGUUUUAAUUGUGGAACAGGUUAAAAAUUUGGAACGUCAGACUACGAAAACGUCUCAUGUAUUUUGUCUGACAGAACUUCCAAUUGAUUUGUUACCCUUUCAUUAAACUCGCAUGCAAAAAUCAGACUGCUAUUUAUCACCUGGGGACCGUUCAAGUAUUACGUAACGCAGGUUGGGGGGGGGGGGUCAAAAAUCUUCAAAAAUUGCGUUACGCAAUAGUUAAACGCCCAUUACAGUGCGUUACGUAGGGAGGGGGAGGGGUCAAAAAUCUUUAAAAAUCGCGUUACAUAAUACUUGAAUGCUCCCCGGUCAUAAUUCCUGUCAUUUGACAUGUUCUACGUGUCGGACUUAAUAAAAUGUCCAGUUGGUGAUAAAUACGAGUCUGAUUUUUGAAUGAGAGUUUAAUGAAAGGGUAACAAAUCAAUUGGAAGUUCUGGGACAAAAUACAUGGGACGUUUUCGUAGUCUGACGUUCGAAACCUGUAACCUGUUCCACAAUUAAAACCUCCCCUGUUCCAGUGUUGCCAUACAUCAAAGUUUGUCCGACGAGACACCGUUAAGCUAUUAACAAAUUUUCAGCUUGCUAUUAAUCAACUUUUUUUUGGUACGCGGGAUCCAGGCCUAUAUACGUGGUUAAUGGAACCACCAAUUUCUCCAAAUAAAAAAUAGUAUUCAUGAAGCGUGUAUACAAAAUUAUUUUAAAAUCUGUGUCAAUAGGUUAAAAAUUAAAAAACAACAACAAACCAAGCACUAAUACCACAUAAUAGGGAAUAAAACUGAACUGAUAUAUUCCUUCUGGGCCUGUAGGAGUUAUUUCUUUAGAAAAUGAUUACGUCCAUUAAGCUACAAAAUAAAAUGUGUAGGGUUCAGCUUACAUCGCUUUCGAUGUCAAUCUAUGAGCAAUAUGUGUGUAAUUAGUUGAGAAUAGUUUCUAGAACUAGUUUGUAUAUAAACUUGUAAAGGUAAAUUUAUCAUUUUAUAGUUUAUAAUACAAAAAUAUCAUCUGUUUUAAUAAAUUAUGUGUUAUCUGAAAGUGAAUUUAUAUUAAAAUAAUCCAUAAGUUCAGAUAAUUUUCUUUAUUUUGUAAUAUAAAGAUUUAUUCAAUAAAUAUAUCUCAUUAAA